CUGUUCAAUGUUGAAGGUUUGACCUAUGACCUAUUGCAUGUGUACCAAGUUUCAUCAUUUCAAACUCCCGCAAAAAAACACGUUCAACAGAAUGUUCUGGUAAGCUCCAAACAUAUGUUGGAGUAAAACCAGGGUUUUUACCUGCAAUGUGACAUUACCGGGACGUGAGGUAUGUUCGGCUCGGGCACAGGGUUUGUCAGGGACCGAGGGAAGAACGUUGACGGGCCGCUGAAUCGAACAUCGGCGCCGCAAAGUCAAGACCAACAUGGCCACCUUGUUCAGGAACUUUCGCAACGUUCCACACACAGCGGCUUCAGUUUUGAUGCUGAUUCGGCUCGCUCUCUGGCCGACUUCGACGAGUCAGACCUGGAGGACAGUAGUUACACCAGUGCCAGUAACUUUGCCGUGGUGAGACGACAGGCCGCCAACCCAGCUCCCAGCAUGCUCCUGGUGUCCAUGCUGGAGCAUCUCUGCUCCCUGUACGAGACCGACCAGGAGAAGAGGAACAAACUCUUUAAAGAUUAA